GAUAUUCUGUCGCCAGCGAUAGCCCGGUCGCACUUUCACAGCACCAGCUACCAUUGCUGGAAACUUGUAGCGCGGGUGCUGUGUUCAGCCGUCUACAAAGCCAGGCUGCAGCAGAGCUUGGCCCAGCGAAGUUGGAACGAUGGCUAGUCCAUCUCAGCAGGGACAAGAUGGAGAUGUCCUCUCUCCAGAGUACAUGGCCCUGCUCCAGAGCCUGUGCAGACUGACUCAACCGACAGUGAACGAAAUCAGUGGCAUAUUCAACGGUGAGUUCCGCCGCGCUUUGGGAGACGGAAAAACGAAGCCUUCCAAAAGGUCCGAGGCUCAAUCAACUUCCCGUGGAGGUCCGUCAACAUCCCGGGGAGCGCCAUCCCGUGGUUCAAGGAAACGCGGCGGCAAGUCAGCCAGUCGCGGUCGAGGCAAGGGUCGUGGUCGUAAGGGUGCUAAAGGCGACGACCCGGACGAUGACGAUGGUGAUGAUGGUGGCAACGGCGGAGUUGCCGACAACGGAUACCAGCGUGGCUGCACUUGGGAGCCUGAUCAGAAGCCCUGCUGGAUUAUAGCCGAGCUGGAUCCGUGGAAUCGCACGCUCGCCAAGGGUUUCUUCGAACUGCACGAGCACAAGUGGGGGGAGCUCACGCUCCAGGGUUACGCCUGGCCAGACACCAGUCCACCAACACUCCCGGAGGUGCUUCGGGUUUCGCUACUGGUGCACUUGCUCCUGCGACAGCACAGAUGCGUCCUGCGUGUCGUGUUGGACAUGGUUAUCAACAAACUCGAACCCAUGAUUUUCUGGCACGCCAUUAAGAGCUGCGCCGGGGGCCUCAAGUUCUUCCAGUUUUACUCCGACGACGCCCACUUAUUCGGCCAGGUGCCUCAAGCGGAUGCUGUCAUGUGGGCUCACUCAGUUGCUACCCUGGCAAGUGUUCGCAUUAUCCACCUAGCGCGCGUGUUCUUCGACAGAGAAAUAGCGCUGGUGCUCGGACGCUACGUGGAAGACUCCACUGCCCUUAUCGAUCUAACCUUGAAUGGAGUCACAGCCGACAGCGAUGACGCUGCUACAUUCCUAGACUAUGUGGCCCGCAACCGCACGCUGACGAAGAUGUGGCUGCAGCAAGACCUCCUAAUGGCUCGAGGAGGCGACGCCCUUGCGAACGUCGUCCGCAACCACGUUACCCUCGAUUCCCUCGAGGUCGCUGGCGCAGGAACCGCUACUCCAUCGGCUGUCCUGAAGGCAGCUGUGCAGAGCCCCAGCCUGCGGUCACUCAUUGUCAACAGAUGCGUCAUCAGUGCUCCGGACGUCAGAGCGAUGGCCGCCGCCCUGACCCGACGCCCACCGUCUCCGGCCACCGCUGAGGGCGCGACAGCAGCGCCGCCUUCCCCGACGAGCCACUUGGAGAACCUCAGCUUCCUGAGCUGCGGCGGAACGGAUGCGCGGUUGCAAAGAGCCUAUGCCAGCCUCAUCGGAGGUGUGCUGCUCCGCCUGACGGUGACGGACUGCUCUGUCGCAGAUGUCUUCGCGUCGGCUGUCGCUAAAAAACUUAGCACUGACACUCGCCUACGAGAGCUGUUUGUGCAGCACAACCCAUUCACCACCAAUGGACGCCGCACCAUAGUCCAGGCCCUGCAGGUGAACAAGACACUCGAGACAUUGGCAAUCAGCUUGAUGCCCGCGCCCGACCUCUCCCGUAUGUUCGACAUCAUCCGGGAACUCGACGUCUCUCGUCUGAUCCUCGGCUGGGGGAACCCGAGCGGAUUUGAUUUCGCAGAGGGAAACCACUUGUGCAGGGUGUCCUCCGCCUUCUUUGAUUUGGACAGGCGCGACCCAGAGGACGCCAGAGUUCUUCUGGACACCCUUGCAUCAAGUCGCCAAGUGAACGCGGUUAGCCUGGAGUGCACACAUUUCUCAGUGCCAGCCGUGCUCCGACACCUAGCCGAGGCGGUCGGCAAGACCAAGUACCUUAGAGAGCUGAAACUGACCCUUGAUGUACCCGAAGCCUACGUGGUCAGCGCACUUCGGGCGAUGGAAGAUAACAAGAGCGUCCACAGGUUGCACCUCUCCAAGAUUACCUUCAAGAGGCGGGCAGUGAAGGCGCUGGGCCGAAUGGUAGAGCAGAACCGAACGAUCAACCUGCUCAAUAUUGACCUCAUGCAGAGCGGCAUUGACAACUGGACCCAGCUGAGGUCUGUCUGCCGCGAGCUGAAAGAGGCCAUUCUCCGCAAUCGCUUUCUCAUAUCAGUGAACGUGACUGUGGGCAAUGACAACCGCGCCAGCGACUAUCCCAUCAAGGAAGCUUUGCGGCGUAACAUGAUGAUUGUGAAUCAAGCCAUCCGGUUCGUCUACGGGUCCAUGAACAAGAGCCAUGCCCUAGCCUUCGAGACCCUUCAGUACUCGUUAUCCGUGAAACAUAUGAUGUGCGAGCACUUUGACAUCACCGAAAGGGAUGCGCUGGCAAAGAUCGAUGACGCUCGAAACCGUCUGGCUGCCAACUACUUCAUCCUCACUGGCGUCAUCCGGGAGAGGAUAACUUGCGACCGCAGGGGGAAAGCCACGAUCGGCGAACUCGACAUGGAUCUCCUGGCCCGCAUUUGCAGCUACCUCAGCCUCACGGAUGUCAUGGACGUCUAAGACGCCAGUGAGAACCCUGUCUCUUGUCAGAGGCAAAUGCCGCACUGCCUCAGCUACGAAAAAAGCCCAUGUCAUCAUUUAAUUCAAAUUCAAACAGCUUAGAGUCACAAUUAUUCAGCCGCACUUUUCCUUCAGAAAGCAUUUUGUGCUCUUCCCUGGCCACCAUGUGCGUAAGCUGCAAACUUACACCUGUCCAUUCGGAUUAGCAGAUACUUCUCGUAUCGAACCACCUCAUUAGGCCACCUUGUUACCGCCUUGACGAUUCACUACGUAAUUGAUUAAUUCAAGUCAUCCUCAAAUAGUACCCCGUAUGAAACAUCUUGAUCCGUACAAAUACUUUCUUAAUGGUAUUCAUUGUACUCGGGCGCUUCCAUCCAGCUCUCUGGAAAGUACUUAAUUUGAUAACAGUACUACACCAACACGUGUCCACGUCGCUUUCCUAUCGUGACAUACGUUUGAUUAGCCCGACGCAAUAUAUCAUCUUUUUUUCUCUUUCGCAAAACAAACCUCACUUUUUAAUCAUGAUGCUCAUUUUAGGCCCUAGCUUUUAAUAUUUUUCAUGCGUGUUGUAACACCCUUACUCUUUAUUGUGGCUUUUAUAAGUUCAUGGAAAGUCUUGAGGAGCGGCGCGUUUUCUAAACUGAUGUUGCUCACGACGAAUGUCGUAGGGCUUUUCCAGUUCAAAGUUGUGAUGCAUUGCCGCCAUUACACCUUUGAAAUGAACAUGUUUGUAGUUCGAAAAGAGAAGGAAAUUUACUCUUCAAUAAAAUGGUUCCAGCUGUUG